AACCAUCACCUGCUCUACUGUAGGCCUAUGCCAAACAAAGACCGUCACUGAACCCAACGUUGGAGCGGAAGUUACUCCCACGCAAGGCGGGACCUCUUCUGUUGAAGUUCAAAAGUUCACAAAGAUGCUUUGCUGAGGUUACUCCGCUUGUUAGAAUAGGCUAAACUGAACGAACGGUGAUCAUCCAUCUGCUGCCUACAGUAUGUAGAAGUGCAGCUUAUAUUUUACCACUUUUAGUAGGAAGGUAGUUGUGUGGUUAGGCUAUUUAACCGUUCGAAAUUUAUCAUGCACAUGUUUGGCUACAUGACACUGUAGGUAACGUAGGCUACAGCGUUGUGAACAAACCAGUGUUGGACGAUUUCAAAAAGUUUGUGACGCGUAUCGUGUGACAUUUUAAGAUUUCGAAGGAUAGUUAACUGUAGGAUAGCCUACUUUACUAGUUCGACUCAUUGAAAGCCAAACGUGAACCAACUUCCUUGUAAAAAGUGGCCUUGCCUGUUCGUGUGCUGGAGGAGUUGGUGGCAUAGGUUGGUGGUGGUCUGAGAGCGAAAGUCGAACAACUUCCUGAUCAUUUCGGAGUUCAUUGGGAGGCGUGGUGUUUUAGCAAGGCUACAUUCAGACAUGGACCUGAUCACUUCAGCUAUUGAGCCGAUCAAGUUCAUCGCAGAGACGGUGUACGAGCUCUUCAUGAAGGAGAAGAGCAAUAAAGAGCAGUGCCAGCGGCUGGCCAAGUGCGUGCGUGCCCUCGUGGCGACGCUGGACGCGUUGCGGUGUCAGCAGGACCUGAGUGCCCACAGCACGGUGCUGCAGCAGCGGCUGGGUGAGCUGAGGGUCACGCUAGAGGCGGCCGAGGCGCUCAUGCUCAAGCGCGAGGGCACCAGCCAGAUUAAGAAGCUGCUGAAGGCCAACAAGACCAGCGACAAGCUGGACGAUCUCUUCCAGCAGCUCCACGACGAGCACAAACAGCUGGCCUUGCUGCUGCAGGUGGAGAAUCGUGAGACUGCUGGCGCCACCCUCAGGAAGGUGGACAUAGUGCAGGACACGAUGGACGGCACGGCUGCCAAGGUGACCGCUGUGCACGAGCAGGUCGACUCCACCCUGCAGAAGGUCCACAAUGUGGACGCGAAGAUGGACGACUCGCAGAAGCAAAUGGGUGCAUUGCACGACAAGGUGGCCAAGUCCCAGGAGACCAUGGACUCUCUACACGAGAAGGUGGAGAAGCUCAUCAAAGUAGCGUCCCUUGAUACCUCCAGCGGAGGUCCGACCAAUCCAAACCCAGGAGCCCCCAGCGGAGUUCCGACCAAUCCAAACCCAGGACCUGCAGCGAGGCCUGCUGACCCUCCACUCCCUGAGGACGCAGUGGCGGCGCUGGGUGCGGUCCGCAGCAGGUUCGUGGAGAAGGCGAGUCUGCCCCUGCUGAAGCAGCUGCUGGACGAGCUCCAGACGGCACGCGUGCUGAACUCCGAGGAGGCGGAGUCUGUGCUGGAGGAGCAGUCGGCCCGAGCUGACCGCGCCCGCUGCCUCAUCGACACCGUGCGCAAGAAGGGCCGCCGCGCCAGCGAGACCAUGAUCACACACCUGAGGGACAAGGACCCUGAACUGGCCCAGACCCUGGGGCUUGCCUGAGGGGGGGGGGGGGGGGGGGGGGAGAGAUAAGAAGGCUUUGGACGAGUCUUCACUGAACACGACCUACUGUGCACUGGACCUAAUGACCAUGUUUCUGUGUCGCCAUCACCUUUUGGAGGGAAUCACCACCAGCAUGCAAACUCUGUCGACAGGCCCAAAAGACAGUGGGCAGAGACCAAAGUCACUCCAUGACUGAGGCGGACAUCCAGGGUCCAGAAAGUAAAAGUCCUGCUAUAUAUUCUUUCUACCUGUGCACUUAACACAGGUGAUUUCAUUUAUUAUCUGAUCUACCUGGCUGCUAAUUAGGAUGAGCUGGUUUACUAAAUGGUUGGAUCAAAUACUUGACAGGACUUUUACUUUCUGAACCCAGGAUGUCCGCCUCUGCUCCAGGAGCAACGUGUCUCCACGAGCAACCAUGAGCAACGCGUCUCCACGAGCAACGCCUCUCCACGAGCAACGUGUCUCCACGAGCAACACAAGCAAUGUGUUUCCAUGAGCAACGUGUCUCCACGAGCAACCAUGAGCAACGCGUCUCCACAAGCAACGCGUCUCCACAAGCAACCAUGAGCAACGCGUCUCCACGAGCAACCACGAGCAACGCGUCUCCAUGAGCAACGCGUCUCCAUGAGCAUUGUGUCUUGUGCAUGAACUAAAACCAUCGUGUGGCAUUGAGUUGAUCCACUGGUGUUUGUGCCUUUAGGAUCCUUCUCAUGAUAUUACGUUGAGCUGUUCCACUAGGAUCCUUCUCAUGAUAUUACGUUGAGCUGUUCCACUAGGAUCUUUCUUAUGAUACCCACCCAUAUCCCCCCUUGCUUGCCACAGAGUCCAAGUCUAGAUCUGUGCACGUUCUCGGUGUUGGCGCAAUCGUGAAACGUUGAUACGCACCAGAUUGCCUAGAUUCAAGAGCGAUUACUUCCACAUUUAUGUGCGAUAGCGUAAUCUAGACUUCGGUCAUUUUUAGUGUCUAACACAAUUUUAGUGUAUAACACAAACCGUUGCUAUGUAUCCGACGCUGUAACAGGACGCUGACAAUGACGACGGGUUUUGUGCUUCACAUCUUUCCGAAUAUCACGCCACAAGUAGCCUAGUCCGUUCACUAUUGGAUUGUAUUGAAAGUGAUAGUAGAUGGGGUGAUCAGCUGCGUUCUGAAGAAUGCUUAAUUCAAGUUCAGUGUGUGUGGCAAACUAGUUUCUCAGCAGAAGCCAUGAAACGGUAAACGUCAACAAAUUGAUUUAAAAAGACAUAAUUUAUGAAGUUGUUUUUUUCUCGUUUUGGCUUUGCAUCGGGUGCGUGUCCAGUUUGACCUGUCAGGAUUUUCCGAUAAUGAAUCUCGUGAUGCUGAUAUUGAAUUUUAAUUUCUGCGCGUGUAAGCUGUGCUUGAAGUUAGCUAUGACAGACUAACCUAACGUUACUGGUUUUCAUAGUUUUAACCACAAAGCCUGUCUACCUCCGUGCCCCAUGUAACAUAUUUCGGGAUGCCAUCUCACCAUGAGAAAACGUAACGUUAUGGUGACCGUGCUAAGAGAUCAAAGCUUUGGCAUGCUUAGUAAACAUUAGUCUUGCAUAUAAUAUUGAGCUGCUCCGUGCUACGUAUAUUUUCCUUUUUUUUUUACCUUUGCCAAUCACACCCCUGGGUUUGCACGUCCAUAGUGGCAUAUCUGCACACACAACACUGUUAAAGCGCCUGUGAGAUCCCAAAUGUUAGUAGAGGCGGAGCUCCACCUGUAAGAUAUGACAGAAUCCUACACGUGAGAACUCUAGAUAAUUGAUUGGUCAGUAGGCGGUAGUUUUUUUUUUUAGCUAUAACUUAGCACAAAACCUGCUCCCAACCAGGUUUGGUUAGCAGCAUAAGACACCAUGGUGAUACAGCAAUGCUAAAACAGAGCCACUUUUGUGUCACAGCAUACCCUGGCUUUGAGCGCAACAUACCUCGCUAACCCACUAAUCAAGCUUCGUAGUAUACCCCACUGGACCUUUUCUGCCUGCUCUGAAAUAUUAUUAUUAUUAUUAUUAUUAUUAUUAUUAUUAUUGUUGUUGUUGUUGUUUUGUUUAAUAUUGUUAUUGCUGUUGUUUAACAUAGGUCUAUUUGUAGUCCACUGCUGUAGAAGUGAAUACCUUUACCCACACCCACGGCAAUCCAGACUUUUUCAUCUGUGGUCGCCCAAUGGUGGAAAGAUCUGCCAAGUCCCAUCAGAGCAGGGGUGUCCCUCUCUGCCCAGUCCCAUCAGAGCAGGGGUGUCACUCUCUGCCCAGUCCCAUCAGAGCAGGGGUGUCCCUCUCUGCCCAGUCCCAUCAGAGCAGGGGUGUCACUCUCUGCCCAGUCCCAUCAGAGCAGGGGUGUCACUCUCUGCCCAGUCCCAUCAGAGCAGGGGUGUCACUCUGCCCAGUCCCAUCAGAGCAGGGGUGUCACUCUCUGCCCAGUCCCAUCAGAGCAGGGGUGUCACUCUCUGCCCAGUCCCAUCAGAGCAGGGGUGUCACUCUCUGUCUUUUGACUUUUGAAGACGCAACUCUUCCAAGCAUGCCACCUCUCAUAGCAUUUCUGACAAUCCCACACAACUAAUGCUGACCACACACGUCCUUAUCUUCUCUCUUCCCUCUAUCUCUUCCUCCACCACUCCUCCUCUUCUCUCAUAUUCUCCUCAUCCUCUCCUCCUCCUCCUCCCCUCAUCCUCUCCUCCUCCUCUCCUCCUCAUACUAGCACUUACCAUGUAGGCACUCCUAUUCUGUACCCUUAACUGUAGCUGAAAUGUGAUUCUAUUGCUGUAAAUUACUUUGAAUAAAAGUGUCUGCCAAAUGAA